CCCGCAAGGCGGCUGAUUCCGAUUCCCUCAGGGCCUCCCCAGGCACGCUCAGCUCCGGCCCGGCGGGGGUUCCCAAAUCCCGGGGUCGGCCGGGGGUCCAGGCCGGGACGGGGAAGGCCGUGGCGCCGGCUUCUGGGGUCCAAUGGCGCCACCUUCGGCUCCGCUCUCCGCGCGGGGACCAGGAGAGGCCGGACCCGGCCGGAGAAGGGGAAGGAGGCCGCGGGCGGUGAAGUUCGCGGACGUGGCCGUGUACUUCUCCCCGGAGGAGUGGGGCUGUCUGCGGCCCGCGCAGAGGGCCCUGUACCGGGACGUGAUGCGGGAGACCUACGGCCACCUGGGCGCGCUCGGGUGCGCAGGUCCCAAACCAGCCCUCAUCUCCUGGUUGGAACGAAAUACCGAUGACUGGGAACCGGCCGCCCUGGAUCCGCAGGAGUGCCCAAGGGGGUUAACAGUCCAAAGAAAAACCAGAACCAGAAAGAAGAACGGAGAGAAGGAAGUGUUCCCACCUAAGGAGGCGCCCCGAAAGGGCAAGCGAGGCCGGCGGCCCAGCAAACCCCGCCUGAUCCCCAGGCAGACUUCUGGGGGCCCCAUCUGCCCUGACUGUGGUUGCACCUUCCCUGACCGGCUCGCCCUGGAGAGCCACAAGUGUGCCCAGAAUCUGAAAAAGCCUUACCCUUGCCCAGACUGCGGCCGCCGCUUUUCCUACCCGUCCCUGCUGGUCAGUCACCGGCGGGCACACUCUGGGGAGUGUCCCUAUGUCUGCGACCAGUGCGGCAAACGUUUCUCCCAGCGCAAGAACCUCUCGCAGCACCAGGUCAUCCACACAGGCGAGAAGCCCUACCACUGCCCUGACUGUGGCCGCUGCUUCCGGAGGAGCCGGUCCCUGGCCAAUCACCGGACCACGCACACCGGCGAAAAACCCCACCAGUGCCCCAGCUGCGGGCGGCGCUUUGCCUACCCCUCCCUGCUAGCCAUCCACCAGCGCACGCACACGGGCGAGAAGCCCUACACCUGCCUGGAAUGCAACCGCCGCUUCCGACAGCGCACCGCCCUGGUCAUCCACCAGCGCAUCCACACGGGCGAGAAGCCCUACCCGUGUCCGGACUGCGAGCGGCGCUUCUCCUCGUCCUCUCGCCUGGUCAGCCACCGGCGGGUGCACUCCGGGGAGCGCCCCUACGCCUGCGAGCACUGCGAGGCCCGCUUCUCCCAGCGCAGCACGCUGCUCCAGCACCAGCUCUUGCACACGGGCGAGAAGCCCUACCCGUGCCCGGACUGCGGCCGCGCCUUCCGGCGGAGCGGCUCGCUGGCCAUCCACCGCAGCACGCACACCGAGGAGAAGCUGCACGCCUGCGACGACUGCGGCCGCCGCUUCGCCUACCCCUCGCUCCUGGCCAGUCACCGGCGCGUGCACUCGGGCGAGCGGCCCUACGCGUGCGACCUGUGCUCCAAGCGCUUCGCCCAGUGGAGCCACCUGGCGCAGCACCAGCUCCUGCACACCGGGGAGAAGCCCUUCCCCUGCCUGGAGUGUGGCCGUUGCUUCCGCCAGAGGUGGUCUCUGGCCGUCCACAAGUGUAGCCCCAGGGCCGCUCUAGGGGGCGCCGGCCAGAAGGGCAGUGCUCUUUAGUACGGGAAGGACGGUAGAUUCUCACUUCAUUUCAUGGAGGGGUCCAGGCAAGGGAAGGAGAAGCCCCGGGUCGUACAAGGCAGAGUCCACAGGAAAACCCAGGUCUCCUGCUACGGACACCUGAACUUUAGUAUAUUUCACCACACUGGCUGCCGGACCGGUUGUGUCUAGAACGGACAGUCCCGUUAGGCCAGGGGACAUCGCGUGGCUCUUUUCCAGGCUACCCUAUCCUGAAAGAAUUUGUGUGUGUGGAUAUCAGGGCUAAAAGUUCUCCCAUCUAUCUUAGGGGCUGUUUGCUUUUCUAGUUUGUGCAUACAGGGAUCACCUGUCCCCUCGUAUACAGUCCAGAGAAUCCCAUUUGUGGGGGGGCAGUAUCUUGCCCUACUCUGCCCCUUCCUCCAUACCAGGGUUAAACAAACCUGGUUUAGCCCCCUUUUUUCAACACUCCUGCCAAGUGGUUUUUUACCCUUGCUUUAAAACCUCCCUUGACAGGGAGCUCACUACCUCACAAGGCAGGUCAUUUCACUGUGGGAUAGCUCUGAUCUUUAGAAGGCGGUUAAGUACCACCUUUGCCUUGCCCAGAGUAUGUAAUACUUCAUCUACAUGACAGCAUUUCAGAUAACUUAACCACAGCUGCUUUGCCCAUGUUUUCAGGUUAAACGGCAUUAUUUGGUCAAUCAUUCCUUAAAGACGGGGUUUCAGUCCCCACAUGUGCUUUCUCUCCAAUGUCCCUUUUAAAGGGUCAUGCAAAAAUAAGCCAGCACCACAGUGUGCCCGGUACACCUCCUCGGUCUCUACUUGUUUUAACAGCUCUAGAUUGCACUGAAUUUGGGGGUGGUGACACUGUAGCAGGGCUUCAUUGGGCUGUAGACACAUACAUACCUAAGCCUUUUUUUUUUUUUAAACCACAUACUGUGAAGCUAAGUCUUCUGCCCCCUGUGUUUGGAAAAUUGAUUCAAGUUGGGUCUGGGACAUAGGCAAAGUGAGCUUUGGGAGAAGACUGAUUUUAAGGAGGAGGAGGGGAGCUGUGGUCUAGCAGCAAGAGGUAAAACAGGGACUAGUCUGUACUUCAUCCAAUGGAUUUGGAUUAGUUCCAGGCAGCCAGUGGCUAGAAAAUCCUUGAGAACUGGGCCUCACUCCUCCCUGAUUCUCAGCCGAAUAAGGAGACAUCAGCACAGAACCUUCCAUGAGUCCUCAGUCAACAUUUUUCAUCAAGUGAGAUGAGGCCAUUCAAGGAGGGUAGAAAGUUAAGUAAUUGAAUACAGGGCAGGAAGGAGUCUACAGUCAUCAAGUUGUGUUCAUGCCUGCCUUCCUUACAGAAGCUCCCAGGGCAGUGGAGGCAAUGUGUCUUAAUCUUUGAUAUGCCUCCCUGGCACCCACCCCCGCGUAGAUGCUCAGUAAAGCUUUACUGCAUUCAAUGAACAAGGCCUACCACUUUGCCUUGGGUAGCUGCACCAAAUUGGAAUUUUCAAACAUGACUUCUCUCCUAUUCAACAGCUGGAGUGGGUCAUGUUCCUACCCCUGUUGCUUGUAUCUUCAGCUCUCCCAAUCUCAGCCCCAAAGUGGGAGAGCAGCUGGGGAACACAGUGUUUGUAAUUACCUCUGUGGUAUUUAGCAAGUUGCAUUGUAACUGUUGGUCUCUUUCUCCUUGGAUGAAUGGAUGAGCUGCCCCAACACAGGGGUCAUACCAGAUUGGGUCUCAUUAAAAUGUCAA